AACAUGAUCUAUAGGAAGCGGCUUCCAUUUAAGGUUAUGUGAAACAUAGAAUAUUUAAAACAAAAUAUUUUAAUUUUAAAUUAAAAGUUGCAGAGAUCUAAGUAGACUUCCGUCAUAUACACGAAAGGAAAAGCGAAGAUUUUUAAGAGUUCAGCCAUCAAUUGUAUGUACGGACGCCAGUUGUACGUGGAAUUUAGAAACAAGAAGUCGAAGAUCCAUAGAGUGAAACAGGGCAUUUCCCAAGACACCCACUACUACCCAAGCGAAAAUCUACGUCAUUCUUACAACGAGAUUCAUUCGUACUAAACUGUGAUAACCACCAUGCCUUGGAAACCUUCAACAGAUUUCGAAGAAGAAAUUGUCAACUUACAACCCGAUCAUGAUUUUAUAUUUGGUGCCCUGUCCGAGCCGGAACCACAACCGUUUUAUCCCCGACCACAAUCACAUAUCGAAUAUGCGGCCACAAAAAAGAAACAAACACGCCAACAACAGCAGGAAUACGAAGAGACGGGAAGAAUUAAUAAUCGUUUGCAUGCUAUAGCGCAAGUACAGCGCAUAGCUGGUACAAAACCGCUGGGCCAACAACCCACCUUGGAUGAUUGGAAUAAUAAUAAAAAUACUGAAAAAGAAAUUGUGGCUAUGAUGCGGCAUUUCGGUUUGGGUCCAAGUGUUGAGGAGCCGCUAAACGAAAAACUCACCAUAGCCACCUAUCCCAUUAGGAAUGGUGUGGAAAUUGUACAAAAUAGAUGUAAAAAGAUACCACUUAUCUUCGAUGAUAAUCUGUUUAAAUUGAAACCCAAAGAAUCGAGCUCAUCGAAUUCUUCAAAUAGUUUCGAUAGUGCAUGUGGUAAUAGUAACCGCAAUAACAAUAACUCUACCUCAAGCAAUGGUGACUUGAAUACUACAUCAUCGACAAAUAGCUGUGAUACAAAUUCAUAUUCCUUCCAUACACCAAGUCGAGAUGAUGAUUCCAUUGAUAAUGCAUUUGGAAAAUAUGAGAAGAAACAAGAAAAUGACAUGUUUGAUUAUCGCAAGUUACAUAACGAAGAAGAUACAAGAGAACCUGAUCAACACAAUAUCAGUUCAUGUACUCAAAGCAGCAGUUGUUAUUCUCCAAACUAUUCCACUUGUGGACAAAGUGAUGGCUAUGAAACGGCUACCUCAAGUUGUAGUACCUCAAAAUUGAAUCCAAAUGCUUUCGAAUUUGUACCAUAUUCAAGAUAUAAUGGUAACUUUAGCAGUAGCGGUAGCAGUAUCAACCACAGUGUAAAUAGGAAUGCCACUUCUGAGGAUAAUUCCCUAACAAUCCAAGCCCCCUCAUUUCUGCCGCGUUUUCUUAAACUAUCAGAAAAUGAUUUGCCAAACAAAACUAAGAAGAAUUGUACAUCUGCUGAACCUCAACCAAAUCAAAUGCCUCCCACCUAUGCAAAUAUGGCCAGGAAACCAUUAGCCGCAGAAGAAGAAGCGAAUAGCAAAGCCAACAGAGUUUCAAAACAACCAAGUGAUGCAAAUUUUCCACCUUUGUCACAGCAAGGGACUUCUGGCCGAAUUACCAAUAAUAAUUUACGUUUUUAUACGCCACGGCAAGUCUAUGAAAGAAGACGUGGAACUGCAUCUGCUCUGCACUAGUAUUACAAUUUUUCUUUUAGACAACUUAAUUGUUUUUUUUUUCGUAUUAUGGAAUUUUAUUUACUUAUAAUAUUUUUUUAAUUUAAUGUCAUGGUAUGCGACAUCCAUGGUACAAUAAGGAGUUCGAACAGCCUCGUAAAGCUACUGAAAUACAGCUCUGAAGCUAUGCCCAGAAUUAUUUAAAAUUA